AAGGACAUUAUAAUGCAAGGGACCUCCUUUUAUAACCACAAACCGAAUUUUCGUUCAUUUAGACGAUAUAUACUUUUUAAAUUGUCCAAAAGUUGUAGAUUUGUUUUCCACGUGCAUUUCGCCCUGGAGCGCUACGCGAUGCUCUCGCAUGCCGACCUCCUGGAUGCUCGGCUCGGUGAGUUAUCGUCACUCAGCCCCGGCCCUAAACUCCACUGGAUGAAGGAUGCUGCGGAGUUACUCGGACACCGAGAAGCUCUCAAGUGCCGCCUGGGCGGCGGCGGGGUGCCGGACCAGGCGCAUCCGGGUGACAUGGCUCCUGUUUCAGACUCUGUAGAAGGGGCCACUCUUCUGCCGGGAGAAGACAUCACCACCGUUGGAUCCAACUCAGCCGGCAUGCCGGUGAACGGGAAGGAGCAGGAGAAGCAGCAGCAACAGCAGCAGCAGCAGCAGAGCUCCGGUCAGCCCGCCAGCCAGCAGAAACAGAAGCGGCACAGGACGCGCUUCACUCCGGCGCAGCUCAAUGAGCUGGAGCGCAGCUUCGCCAAGACCCACUACCCCGACAUCUUCAUGAGGGAGGAACUGGCACUAAGGAUCGGCCUCACCGAGUCCCGGGUGCAGGUUUGGUUCCAGAACAGACGCGCCAAGUGGAAGAAAAGGAAGAAGACCACCAAUGUGUUCCGCGCUCCGGGAACGCUGCUGCCGACGCCGGGCCUGCCACAGUUCUCUGCCGCGGCCGCCAUGGAGAACAGUCUGUGCUCUUUCCACGCCAACGACUCGCGCUGGGCCACGGGAAUGCCAGGGGUCUCCCAGCUUCAGCUGCCGCCGGCUUUGGGUCGCCAGCCGGGCAUGGCGCAGUCUCUGUCACAGUGCAGCCUGGGUCCCGGUCCGCCGCCGAACUCCAUGGGCCUCUCCAACGGCCUCUCCUCCAACGGCUCCGGGCUGCAGUCCCACCUCUACCAGACGCCUUUCCCGGGAAUGUCGGCCUCCCUCUCCGGCCCCACGAACGUAUCGGGCUCUCCUCAGCUGUGUAGUUCCCCGGACAGUGACAUGUGGAGAGGGACAAGCAUCGCGUCACUGCGGCGCAAAGCGCUGGAGCACACAGUGUCCAUGAGUUUCACUUAGUGACUUUACAAAACACACACCUCCCGGUCCUCUCCCACCGUCCCAGUAUCUCCCCGCGGCGCCUUUUCUGGUUUGCCAGUUAUUUAGAUGAAAAGCAGACGACAAGCGAGCUAAUCGGGAACUUCACUAGACGUAAAAGGAUGACACUGGCGCACGAAUAGGAAUAAAAUACGUUGGGUUUGGGAUUAUUUAUCUUCUUAAAUCAAAAGGGAUUUUUAUCAAGCGUUGUUAAUAAAUGCUAUUGUAAUGGUCUAGAUUAUAGGCUCGAGAGCCAAACAAUGUAUUUGCGUUUACACACGUUGUUGUGUUCAGGUGAAGCUGUUUUCUGUCAAAUAAUAAAACCGGAAAAACUGAGAAUUUGGUUUAAAAAGCACCACAGAUUGGUCUGCGUCAAAGGCAUGCACUUUGCAUGUGGAUUUAAAGUUAAACUCUCCAAUUACUUAGGGAGCAAAGGAUGACCACUCAGACUCAACAGGUAUACUUUUUGAAUUUUAAUUUUAUUAAUUUAUUUUUUACAUUAGGCGGAUUCACUCUCCUGCAUGAGACGGGAGGGAAAAAACGCUUCAGUAGGCCGACUCUGUUUUAGGAUGUUUUGUGCAGAUUAUAUAAAACAUUCUUGCUGUGUACCCACUGGUCUUUUUGUGACAUGUUUUAACUUAUUGUAUGUGCUAUUAUUGACACAUUUCUUAAAUGUUUGAACUUACAUCGAAAUGCGAUACGCUGACGGGUUUGUACCAAUUUCAAAUGACAAACAAAAUAAAAGUAAUUUUCAAGAAUGUGAAAAUAGAAAUAAUUUAUGUCUCCUUUAAUAUGUAAUAAAUUCGAUAUUUGUGUGAAAAAUUGUACCACU